AUGAAAGAUGAGCAAAUCAAACAGCUUCAGUGUCAAGUCACCGAGUUUGGUAAAGCAGUAAAUGUAAAAGAUGAACAAAUUGUGCAUCUUGAAAAUGCUAUUCAUGAAGUGAAAGAAGAAAAUCGGCAUUUACGCGUUGAAAACAUGCGAUUGAGGAGUGAAUUAUAUCAAGCAAAAAAGCGAUAUUCUGCUCGUAGCGCUUGA